AGAUUUUCUGAGAGAGAGAGAGAGAGAGCUACAGAGAUCCAGCCGUAGGAGGAGAAGAGAUUGUAAGACCAAGGCAGCAGGCAGGCUGUGCGUCAGCCGGCACUCCAUAGGGAAACAUGGAGACGAGCAGGCGAUGCUGAAGAGGACAGAGCACACCUUAACAGGAUCAUAUAGAUGGAUGGUAUUUCAUCAAACAGGCAAUCUGAAGGCAGCCCACGCAGAGGAUAAACCACUUAUGGACGCAGUGGAUUAAAGACCUACAGACAGACUGAGAGAGAGAGGGAGAGGGGGAAUAGAAGAAGAGAAAUUAAUCAGUUCAGUUAUUUAUUUUCAUUGUCUGUGUGUGCGCACUUUCUGUCAGUGUGUGUGCAUAUGUGUGUGUGGCUGCAUAUAGUGUAUGCGUGCAUAAGGCAGGAGACUGCAUUGCUGCUCUCCGGCACCACAGGACAGACGAAACAGGCAGCCGAGCAGAUUACAUUCUGUGUUUUUCCCAUUAUUUCUGUCUCUCUCCCUCUCUCUAUGCAUGUGUGCGAUCUCUGGCUGUGCAGCAAAGCGCAGUAUAUGUGUGUGUUUUAAAGCUGAGAAUGAAGUCUGAUGUGAGCCACAGAGUCUCACUUUAAAUAUUUUUGUCAGAUCGUCAACAACAGACUUGGAGAAAAAGAAAAAUCUGAGGAGGAGAUUCUUUUUUUUUCCUUUUUUUUUUUUUUCUUUUGACAGAUAUCAUGUCACAGCUCCAGCUGAAGCCUCGGUGCUGAUCAGGGUGGCGUCUAUGCUGGAGGCUCGGAGGUUUGAAGGGCUGCCACCGGGGAAACUUCUCGGCUCUACACCCCAGAAAGGUGGAGGCAUCAUCAGGUAGGAGGUGGCAGAUUGAGUGGGCCUGAGCGGAAGGCAGGAGAGAGAGUAGGAGGAAGAGUUCUGCGUUUGUGUCGUAGACUGUGUAGGCAGGCCAAUGGCAGGCCGGUGGAGCUGCCUGAUGGUUUAAACUUCUGCUGAGGGAGAAUAAUGGCAGCUCUGGCCCUACUCUCCCCCUCUCUCACCUGGAAGGGCCACAGAGAAGCUGGGAAGUGCUAGCCAAAGCUACAAAGAGCCCACCAAGAGGAUGGUGUGAACAGCAACCUGCUACCUUUCCCCAACAGGCCGGGAGAGCCCUGACACAGCUGUGAGGGGCCACGUUUUUUUUGUUUUUGUUUUUUUUGGUCCACCUCAUUUCCACUUCUUCCACACCAAGCUAGUGGGAAACUGAAAGUGGCCUAUCUUGAUUUGUGUGGGAGUUCACUCCCUCCCACUCCCUCCUUCACCUCCUUACCCCUACCCUUACCAACCUCCAAACUCAGCUCCAUGGAUUGGUUCUAGCACCAACCUGUCCUUUUUUCUUCCUUCUUUUUUCUUUUCUUUUCUUUUUCUUUUUGUCGAGGCUUUAGGGGAAUUGCCAAGACCUGUUUCAUGCAUGUCCACUGGCGGCAGGUUCAACUUUGACGAUGGGGGGUCAUACUGCGGAGGGUGGGAGGAGGGCAAGGCGCACGGUCACGGGAUCUGCACUGGACCCAAAGGCCAGGGCGAGUACUGCGGCUCCUGGGCCCAUGGGUUUGAACUGCUGGGUGUCUACACUUGGCCCAGCGGGAACACCUACCAGGGCACCUGGGCUCAGGGCAAGAGACACGGUGUGGGCGUUGAGAAUAAAGGCCGCUGGGUGUACAAAGGCGAGUGGACGAAUGGCUUUAAAGGACGCUAUGGCGUGCGGGAGAGCACGGGGACAAGCGGGAAGUACGAAGGGACAUGGAACAACGGCCUGCAGGACGGAUACGGAACAGAGACGUACUCGGAUGGAGGAACAUUUCAGGGUCAGUGGGUUGGCGGGAUGCGUCAUGGCUACGGAGUUCGUCAGAGCGUCCCUUACGGUAUGGCGGCCGUUAUCCGCUCCCCGCUUCGUACCUCCAUAAACUCUCUCCGCUCCGGUUCAGAGCACAGCAAUGGGACAGCUCUGCUGGACCGGACUGGGGCAGUGGUUCCUGGACCUCCCCCCCUUCCUGGCACGCUGACCACCAGCGUCUCCAUGUGCAGCACAGGCAGCAGUGGCAGCAGCCCCGCGGUGUCUCGGGGAGGUUUUGUGCUGACGGCGCACAGCGAGGCUGAGCUGCUGAAGGGGAAAAGGAAGGGCGGGCUUUUUCGAAGAUCCAUCCUGUCAGGUCUCAAGCUGAGGAAGUCAGAGUCCAGGAGCUCUUUGGCCUCCCAGAGGUCUAAACAGAGCUCAUUCAGGAGUGAAGCUGGGAUGAGUACCGUGUCCUCUGCUGCAUCUGAUAUCAACUCUACCAUCAGCCUCGGAGAUGCAGACACAGAGCUGACGGUCGCUGAUGACGAUGUGGACGCCACAGCAACAGAGACCUACUGCGGGGAGUGGAAGAACGACAAGCGGACCGGAUUCGGCGUGAGUCGGCGGUCCGACGGGCUGCAGUACGAAGGGGAGUGGCUCAGCAACAAGCGGCACGGCUAUGGCUGCACCACGUUUCCUGAUGGCACAAAAGAGGAAGGGAAGUACAAGCAGAACAUCCUGGUGAGCGGCAAGAGGAAGAACCUGAUCCCCCUCCGAGCCAGUAAGAUCAGGGAGAAGGUGGACCGAGCCGUGGAGGGAGCGCAGAAGGCAGCAGAUAUCGCCCGGCAAAAGGCUGAGAUCGCUCUUUCCAGGACGGCUCACGCACAGGGUAAAGCUGAGGCGGCGGUAGCAGCAGCUCAGAAGGCCCAGGAAGAGAGUCGCAUCGCGAGGGUCACUGCCAAGCAGUUCUCCCCUUCUUUCCAGCACCCAGGAAAUGGUAUGGAAGUGCAGCGUCCCAAACGUCAGGUGUCCAGUGAAGUGGAGGGCGAGGGUUUGUCGAGUAGCGCUGGUACGGCCGACAGUCCAGACCUGUAUGUGAAGAGCGCGGCCUCCGAUGACCCCUCUAAUGACGCUGCAACCCCUGAUCUCAGCCCGCCUUCAUCUUCACCACCCCACACCCCGCCGCCACCUGCCCGGCCGUCGCAACGCAGCAAGAGUGCCCGUUUCCACCGGCAGAGCGCAGUGGACCAUGGGGACAGGGGAAGGGAGGGGGGAGAAAGAGGUGAGAAAGGUGUGGGGGGGGAGCAGACAGAAAUUCAGGUGUUGAUGGAGGGAGGCAGUGUGGGAGGUGAAGGUGUUGGAGGUGGAGGAGGGAAGGGGGAGUAUCCACGGGCCAACAGCUGGAGUGAAGACAAAAGGAGGGGACUGUUAUCAAAAGGAGGAGGUGGGGUCAGUGGGCGAGGCACUAGCCGGACCAACGGACACAAACACAGCUCCUCUAAUCACAAGUCGCGGGAGCACAGCUCUUCCAAUCACAGACAGGCCAGGUGGACAGAGUCAUCCUCAUCUGCCUCCUGGACGUCCAGCCACAGGGGCGUGCACGGCAGGGGAGGCCGGCUGCUGGAGCAGGACGAGGAGAAAAUUAGCAACUACGAGAUGGAGAUGAAGCCUUUACAGCCCAGAGACUCAACCACCCACAAGCCCCAUGGGCACGGGGAGGAGAGGCACGGUCACGGAGAGGGGCGUUCACACGCCGUUCAGCGACAGAGGCAUAAGAACCGAGAUGGGAGGGAGGGAAGGGAAGGGAAAGAGGGGAGGGAAGGGGGAAAGGACUCAGCGCACAAGUUGGACAGACAGGGGGAGAAGCUGGACUCACGGCCUCUGCGCCGGGACCUCACCCUCUCCCCCCCUCUGAAAUCCUCCCCCAUCACACCGACGCAGCAGGACCACGGCCUCACACAGAGCAAAGGCAAUUCGGCCUACAGCUCCAUCCUGGUUGUCAUGGUGAUUCUGCUCAACAUUGGAGUGGCUAUUUUGUUUAUCCACUUUUUUAUUUAAAGACAGCACCGCUUUCAGAGUCAGCCUACCUAUGCUACAACAACUAUAAAUUCAUAUGAGUAUUACGGCGAAUCUGCUGCCCCUUCGUGUUCCUGGUGAGAUGGCUGCAACCAGCUGGGACCAAGGAGGGCUCCACCGUCAUUUGGGCUAAAGGUGGCCAACCCAAACUAAGCAGAGCUUGGUCCGGCCAUCCUGGAAGAAAUGCUGAAGUGCAAAGCCCAAAGGGGUGGACAAAGGACGGGUAAAGCAGUCCAGAUGACUGGACUGCAGGGAGAUAAUAUAGUCCAGAAACUGGACUGAAGUGAGCUUCAGAGGUUCACGUCAAGACUGGAGUGGGCUGCCUGAUUCUCAGGCACGAAAGCUGCAGCUGGCAUUUACAGCAAGUGCGCAGACAGGACUGACCAGACAGACUUUUUCAUCUUCAAAUCAUAGUUUUCAACAGAUUUGUAACUUAAAAUUUAUUUAUUAACAUUUUCUCUCAUGUACAAUACAUCGAUGGAUAUGUUCUUUAUUUUGUAACCCUCCUCCCCUUCUUUCUAAAACUCCUGCCUUUUGGUUCUUCCGCCUGCCCCGGUGUUGUUACUGAUGGUUGUGUGCUUGUGUUCCAUUGUGUUGGCUGAGACACACUCAAGAGCUGCAGAGUGUGUAUGCGCUGUCCACACACACACGCACACAGAAACACACACUCAUUGCUUUUACAGCAUCCUUCUUCUUCUUUCUCUGGUUAAUUUUUAUCACGUACUGUGUGUGAGGAGGAGUGUGUUUGGAUAUCAUGUUUACAGUGAAAUGCGAGUUUCUAUCAAGCUUGGAUGUUUUUGCCAUCACAGUAUAUGCCUGUGUGUAGGCGUGAGGGUGUGUGUUUGUGUGUGUGUGUGUUUGUGUGUGUGUGUGGUCUCAAAAUUGCACAGUGGCCUUUCAUGCUGUUCAUGAACUUUACAAGAGCAUCUCACGAGGACAGAGUCGCCGCACAGCAACAUCUAGCUGACUAGCAUCGGCUGACAGCUGCGCUCGCUCCAUCUCUCUCCCUCCCACUCAACCCCACCUCCACACACACCGGUCAAAGGAUGGAACUUCCUCUGAGUUGGUGGAUAUUCACAGCACAGCGUAUUGGCAGAGCCCUGUGCCUGCUGUACCACCAGCUGAGGUAUUUAAAGGAAAAUACUGCUUCCACCGAAGCCUCUCAAAUACGGCUUUCCAACUGCUUCUGUUAAAACCUAACCUGAAGAUAAUGACAACAUCUUUUAUACUAUACUUGCAAGAUGUCUGAAAAAAAUCCUAGUCGCCCAACUGCAUUGCUUUUGUAGAGCAAAUUGAUCCAAGUACAACAAUGCAUGCAUAUGUACUGUAAUAUCUUAGUUGUGCGUUGAAUCUGGAAGCUUCAGAAGCUUCAGAAGCAACAUGUUAGGUUUUGACAGGAGCACAGUUUGGAGACCGGCCUCUUUCUCUUUUUCUUGAUUUUACUCAACUGAGCGACACAGAUUAAAGUCCCUAGUUGGAGCUAGAUGAUGCAAUGCUGUUGUAGUAAACAGUAGCCAGGGCCAAGUGAGGAUUUAUCAUCUCCUCUCCUUAACUUCUCCUCUGCUGAGCAAGACUCUUACUGACACGUAAGCCUGUCACAGACAGCUGUCGUGCUUUUUAAUCAACUGGGUUUCUCUCAAACUGCCCAGUACAAUCCCUCUGUUUCUUUCCAUGAGUGCACAUGACUGCUCAGAGAGUAUAUGAACAUCUGUGUGUGUGUGUGUGUGUGUGUGUGUGUGUACGCGUGCGUGUGCGCGCGCUUGUCCUUCUCCUUCCUCAUGAUUGGAUGGCGGGAUGGCUGAAACCCUCACCAUCAGUAACAACUUCCAGGAGGGGCAGAGAGGUUUGCUGUUGCUUUUCUGUCCGACAGCGUUUCUCAGGCUGUAGGCUCAUUUCCGGCGUUUCCCCAUGUUCUGACAACACCUCGGUCUAGAAGCUCUGCUGUAUGCCAUCAGCCUGGUGACGAUGCCCUGCACCACCCUGUUAGUCUGCAGCAUGCUACAGCAUGCCAAGCUCUCUCUCCCUCUCUAUAGUUUCACUCUCUUCUUUCUUUCUUUCUUUCUUUCUUUCUUUCUUUCUUUCUUUCUUUCUGUUUCUGGGAGUUACUCUGUUUUUCAGUUAUGUGGAGAAAAAUAAUGAAAGUGUUUGAA